CUCGUAGCGGGAUCUCCCCACAAUUCUGACAUAUUCUUGGGGCCACAUAGAGAGAGCGAAAGAGAGAAAGAGAGAAAGAACGUUAACUUCAGCAAAAAAAACAGAGUGGUAUUAGGAAGUUAUUGAGGGAGAAAAGGUUAUUGAAGGGGAGAAAGAGUGUAAGAGGAAAAAAAAUUACAAGAGAGGAAGAGGGUGAGAAAGGAAGAGACCUUCUCAACACGGGUCAUUUCAUUGGAGGCAGCGGUCGUCAUCUGUUCAAUUCUCAGAUGGUCUGUGUCAAAAGGAGGGCAUGGGGAGUUACUGCAGCAGUGGACUGAACAUUCAAAAGAGCUGAAGUUCAAAGAAAGGAGGGGUUGCAUGUUUUUGGUAGACGGGAGGUGAGCAGCAUUCACAGCACAUGCUAGGUUUCCAGUGUUUACAACAGAUUCCACCCAUGAUACUGCAAAAACAGAAAUAAUGGACAAGAAAAGUGCAAAUGGCUUUCCUUCCAAGGCCACAGAUAGUGGAGUACAACGUAAACAGCUGCCAUAUUCUGUAGAGACCCCCUAUGGGUUUCACCUGGAUCUGGACUUCUUAAAGUAUGUAGAUGACAUAGAGAAAGGGAACACAAUCAAGAGGGUGCACAUCCAACGCAAGAACAGGGGCCCAAAGUACAGCACACUGCCACGCAACUUCAGUCUACCUGGGCAUGGCGCUCGACCUCUAGCCAAAGACACAUGGGCCAAUACUUCCACUUUAGGGUCCAAACCCAAGUCACGUGUCACUGAAGUCCAGCAGCUUUUUGAAUUCCGAGCCAGUGAUGCCACUAGUGUUAGCAGUAGCACCAGUGGAAGCUCCCCUGCCAGCCAGUCAAAGAUGCCUGGGAGUGCUUACCUCCCCUCACCAAAAAUGGCAGAAGAGUCUCGAGUACAGACAUCAUCUGAGAACGAACAGCCCAUGGGUCUUAAUGUUAGGCCUCACCUUUUAAGAGCCUCCAGCAUGCCUAUUAAUGUCCCACGUAGGAAAGGUUCAGAUUCAACUGAUGAGCAGAGUUCCCAAUCGCAAAACGGCUCAGCUGAGAAGCUUUUUCGACCAGCAGAUGGAGGUGACAGGAGAGGCAGUGUUCCCCAGGACAGGGCCAGCUUGCAUCAACAGAUCACAGCUGCGCUUAAAAGGGUGCGGGAGUUGGAAGAGCAAGUCAGGACCAUCCCUGAGUUGAGGGCUCAAAUAUGCUCUCUUAGAACAGAGAGGGAAGAACUGCUCCAAAGAAUUAAAGAACACAAAUCCGAGCAAAAGAGUGCGGUUCAUCAAACUAAUGUGCAAGACAGUCAAGUUCCUACAGCUGUGAAAAGUGAAAGAAAAGAUGCUCCUUCCAUUUACACGGAUACUGCAGCUGUUUCCAAAAUUGUUCAAAUAGUUCAGUCCAACAAAACCACAGAACAACAGGAACAAAAUCCUGUGGAGCAGGUUAUUGUAGAGCAGGCAUCUGAAAAAGUAGCUGAAAAGGAAGUGCCAGCUCCAGUGACUGUCCCAGUAAUACUCAUAGACAAAGCAGAAACUCCAACUGAUCCAGAUGAAGCAGAGGGACUUUUGCAGGAAUCUACACUUCAAGAAGAAGCAUCAAAGAGUAUUUCAGAGCAAGCAGAAAAGCAGGAUAAAUCAUCAGAGAUGUUGUUAGAAGAUAAACAGUCAACGCAGUCACAAGGGAUUUCAGAAUCAGAGGAAUCCGUUGCUGCAUCUGAAUGUGAUUCCACUCAAGAAAACACUUCGACUGCUGUGGGAACAAGUGUAAUUACAACUGAAGAAAUUACAAUAGCCCAACCCACAGAACAGAAACUUGUCACUAACCUGGAGUUUGAAGCAAAACUGAAAACUUUGGAAGAGAGUCUAAGCAAGGCCAGUUGUGAAUUGGAAAAGACAAAUGCCUUACUGAGAGAGCAGAUGGAUGAGAAUCGGCAAAAGGAUGAGAGAAUACAGGAACUGAUUGAACAAGUGAAGGAGCAGAAAGUUCAUGUUCCUGUCGAGACAGAGUCAAUUUUUGAACCAGUUGUCACAUGUGAUGCAUCAGUCAGUACAGAAAGCAAAAGUGUAGAGGAGAAAGGAAUCUCAACAGAGCCUCAACUAGCUGAGGGUCCCAAAAAAAUAGACUCUAAAUGCUCAAGCACUCAGACAAAUUUAGUAGAAGCUAGAGACAUUGAAGUAUUAGCACAAGUCACUACAGCAGAGAAAACUGUAGGGGUAGAGAUUGUCAUGUGUGACCAGGCAAUGGAGACUGAAGGCCAGGAUAAUCUAGAGGUUAACAGUGGUCAUCAGUUCUCUGAAAUGCUAGAGCUGACAGAAUCUGAGCAAGAACAAGAGAGUGAUAUUGUGUCAGAUAGUGUGUCAAGUCAGAUUAUAGAUACCAAUGUCAGUGAAACUGUUGUGGCAGAGAGUGACACUGAAGAAUAUGUCAUGGUAGAAAGUGCCAUGGUUGAGACCAUGGGCAGUGAAAAUGAAGACCCUAAACCCACAGUCCAAGAGACAGAGUCUAAAGAGAGUCCGGUUGUCGAAAGCACAGUAACAGACAAAGCAAGAGAAGAAGGAAUUUCAGGUGUACAAACAGAGCAGGAAUCAAGAGAAACACAAGAACAAGAACCCCAACCCCAAAGGGUAUCUGAAGCCACAGCUUCUCCUGCUGCAAUCGGUCAGGUGGUUAAUCGCAUACAGGGCCUUCUUAAUGAGCAGUGGGCCAGUCUGGGAAGUGGAGGCCAAGAUGCAAAAGGAGAGAGCUCUCAGAAACCUCAUUCUUCCAAAAUAAGCUCAAUUCAAAGCCACCUGAGAGGGUCCCUCAGUGCCCUGUCUGCCUUUUACUCACCUGUUCAGAAAGGAGGGGCUGCACGACAAUCAGGCCUCAAAUCCAUCAUGAAGAAAAACGAUUGUCCUGAUAAACAGGGCAACGGGGGAGCAAAGAAGAACUUGAAGUUUGUUGGCGUAAACGGAGGCUAUGAGACCACCUCCAGUGAGGACUCCAGUGGGGAGGAGGAUCAGGAAGAAGUUGAGGAGGUGGAUAGCUCGGAGCCUGAGGUGGAGCAGGGAGAGGAGAGUGGAGCGGCCCAGGAGGAGGCUGCUGCUGCUGGGGAGCAAGGUGAUGGGGUUCAGGCAGAGGGCUCUGAGGAGCCUGAUGCUGCUCAGGCCGCCAUGAGUCCCCAGGAGGAGCAGCCUGUCAGUGAGUUAGUUGAUAAGAACUUCAUGGAUGCUUGCCAUUUCCUGAAAGAUCGCAUGGCCGAGGUUGCGUCCCCAAAUAAAGACAUGAGGCAGGUUCUGAUGGUGUUAUAUCAGGAGUGGUUCCGUGUGUCCAGUCAGAAGGACUCUCAGACAGAGACGGUCACGAUGUACCUGAGGGAGGUGGGCUACCACACCCCCACUCUGCUGCGCUAUAUAGUAAACCUGGCUGACGGUAAUGGAAACAUGGCGCUGCAUUAUAGUGUGUCCCAUUCCAACUUCUCUGUGGUCAAGCUGUUACUGGACACAGGACUGUGUGAGGUGGAUCACCAGAACAAGGCCGGUUACACUGCUAUAAUGUUAGCAGCUCUUACUGCGGCAGAGAGCCCUGAGGACAUGGAGGUGGCACAGCAGCUAUUGAGAAUGGGCAAAAUUAACGCUCGAGCCAGCCAGUCAGGGCAGACAGCACUGAUGCUUGCGGUUAGUCAUGGCCGGACGAUGAUGGUCCAGGUUCUUCUGGACUGUGGUGCUGAUGUGAACACACAGGACCAGGACGGAUCCACUGCUCUGAUGUGUGCCUGUGAGCACGGCCACACUGAGAUAGCCAAAAUACUGCUGGACAGGCCAGACUGUGACACGUCACUCACAGAUAAGGAUGGACACACAGCUCUGUCGGUAGCUGUGAAGGCUUCCCACUCAGACAUCGUUGAACUUCUGAAAGCUUGCGCCGAUCCAGCCAGGGUUACCGAUCCUACAGCUCCGCUCUGAGCUCAAAGGCCUUGUCUUCAUGUUCAACUGGUUCUGCCAGAAUCAUCUUUCUACUGCCUCGAGCUGACCAGGCCAGCAGUCAGUGAUAGAGAGACAGCACUUACCAGUAAUCCGCAGAUUCUCUGUUUGAGAAACGGCCAAUGAGAAAUGUACUUCCGUACGCCAAUCAAAGAUGCCAUGGAGGGUGGGCUUCCUUAAACUUCCCAGAAGGUCCCCAUUUGCCCCGAAGCACAGCUACUGUAGCUAUUUAGCAGGCAUGGUACAUUGUUACAUGUUUUGGCCUUCUAUUUUCAGGUAACGUGAUUAUAUUUUUGUUAGGCGAUCAAGCGUAAUCUACGAAUGUUAUUAAAGAAGUGAUCGGAUACUCACUAUAUUUAUUUUUUAUUGCACUUUUCUGUAAUAUUUCCCCCUGGAUGUAUCCAAGGCCUGUCUUAUAACCUGAUGUGUCUUCCUAUAUGAGGGUUUUUUGGUCAGGCCCGGUACCGAAGCAUUCCUUGCCUUUGCAGGUGGAACACAGAAAGGAGUUUUACAGUCACACUAUCGUGUCGCCAGUACGUCUCCCAUCUUUAAUCCCCAACAAAGCUCAGCACUGAAAAAAGGAAAAAGAAAAAGCAAAAAACUUGAAUUCUGAUUUACAGUACAAGCCUGUUUUAAUUAUUUUUUUAAAGAAAUAGUUCAACCAACGAUGAAAAUUUGCUGAGAAUGUACUUUUGCAUUACAUCACUUGCUCACCUCACCUGAAGUGAAUGGGUGCCGUCAGAAUGAGUGUCCAAACAGAUCACAAUAAUGUAAACCAUGUUACCUGUUGUGCAAAGAUGGGUGUUUGUAAUAAACAAAUCCAUCAUAAAGUUUCUUUAACCUCAAACUAGAGAAAGUUCAACCUGAAUCAGGAGAUAAAUAUGCACAUUUAUGUUUACAAGUGCAAAACAGCUCUAAAUUAAUAAGUGGAUUUUAUUUGUGAGGACAACAUACAAUGAACUUUUUCCACUUGAGGAAGUGUUAUUGGGGAUUUUGGCGUAUUUGCAGAAGCAGUGUUUUAAAGUUAAAAUGGCCUGGGUUUGUUUCAUGCAGCUUUUAACUGAUGGACUGAAUUAUGCACAUCUCUGGAUUAUUAUGUUAUUUUUAUCGGCUGUUUGAACUCUCUUUCUGACGGCACCCAUUCAUUGCAGAAGAUUCUUUGGUGAGUAAGUAUGUAAUGCUAAAUUUCUGAUGUGAUUAAGAAACAAAUGAAUCUACACCUUGGAUGGAUUGAGGAUGAGUACUUUUUCAACAAAUCUAAUUCUAAUCUAAAUCUAUUUUUGGCUAAAUUAUUAUACCGUUUAUCUGAAUGGUUUAAAACCUUUUUCUGUCCUACUGUUCUCUUCACCCAAGACAAAAAGAGGUGCGGAAUAUUUCACAUCUUCAGUGACAAAUUAUUAUAACAAUCAGUUGUCCUUUGUAAUUUAUUCACUGUCAAAGUUUACCAUGUACUCUAACCUGCUGCAAUAUUAACUUUACAACUUAUCAUCCUGCAUAUUUUAUUUUCAAUCUCCCCUGCAGACAGAAUUAAGCAGCACAUAAUAAUGGACUGGACUGUAGUUGCAUUAUCUGUACAUUGUGCCUGCUUAAAAUCAAAACUUCAACAGCUGUGAUGAAGAGAUAUGUUUAACGACAAAUCAAUAACUCAGCUGGACAAAGCAUAAAUCUAUAUAUGUAUACUGUGUAACAGUAUCUUGUGGGAGGUGCUGUGAAUUAAUACCCUGAAAUGUAAUGACUAUUUAUUUCCAAUUCUAUAUUUUUGAGUAUAUACAAGUAUAUGCAUGGAUAAAAUAUUGACUUAAUAAAAACAUGCAUUUUGUA